CGGCAGCGGGGCAGCGGCGGCAGCGCCACCGGCAGCGCAGCACAGCCCCCGGCAGCGCCACCGGGCCCGCGGCCGCCAUGGCGCCGCGCCUGCAGCUGGAGAAGGCGGCGUGGCGCUGGACCGAGACGGUGCCGCCCGAGGCGGUGGCGCAGGAGCACAUCGAGGCGGCCUACCGCGUCCGGCUGGAGCCCUGCCAGCGCGGCGCCUGCCGGAGGAACUGUCGGGGGAACCCAAACUGCCUGGUGGGCAUCGGGGAGCACGUCUGGCUGGGGGAGAUAGACGAGAACAGCUUCCACAACAUCGACGACCCCAACUGCGAGCGCCGCAAGAAGAACGCGUUUGUGGGCUUAACGAACCUCGGCGCCACCUGCUACGUCAACACUUUCUUGCAGAUGUGGUUUCUUAACUUGGAGCUCAGGCAAGCCCUCUACUUGUGUGCCAGCACCUGCAGCACGGCCAGGGAGGGCAUCCCCAAAGACAAAGACUAUGAGCCUCAGACCAUUUGUGAGCACCUCCAGUACUUGUUUGCCUUGCUGCAGAACAGCAAAAGGCGAUACAUCGAUCCCUCGGGGUUCGUCAAAGCGCUGGGCCUGGACACGGGGCAGCAGCAGGAUGCCCAGGAGUUUUCAAAACUCUUCAUGUCACUGCUGGAAGACACUUUAUCCAAACAAAAAAACCCAGAUGUUCGAAACAUAGUGCAAAAGCAAUUCUGUGGAGAAUAUGCCUAUGUCACAGUUUGUAACCAGUGUGGCAGAGAGUCCAAACUCGUGUCUAAGUUUUAUGAGCUGGAGUUAAACAUCCAAGGGCACAAGCAGCUGACAGACUGCAUAACAGAAUUUCUUAAGGAAGAAAAGUUAGAAGGAGACAAUCGUUACUUUUGUGAAACUUGUCAGAGUAAGCAGAAUGCCACGAGGAAGAUCAGGCUGCUGAGUCUUCCCUGCACCCUCAACCUGCAGCUGAUGCGUUUCGUGUUCGACAGACAAACUGGCCAUAAGAAGAAGCUGAACACCUACAUUGGCUUCUCUGAGCUGCUUGACAUGGAGCCUUUUAUGGAACAAACAAACGGUGUGUACGUGUACGAGCUGAGCGCCGUCCUCAUCCACCGCGGCGUCAGCGCCUACUCCGGCCACUACAUCGCCCACGUGAAGGACCCGCAGACGGGCGAGUGGUACAAGUUCAACGACGAGGACAUAGAAAAGAUGGAAGGGAAGAAACUGCAGUUGGGGAUUGAGGAAGAUCUAGCGGAACCUUCCAAAUCCCAGACUCGGAAACCCAAGUGCGGGAAAGGGACUCACUGCUCCCGCAACGCCUACAUGCUGGUGUACAGGCUGCAAACCAGGGAGAAGUCUCUGACAAUUGAAGUACCAGCUUUUCUGCAGGAGCUGGUAGAGCGGGAUAACUGCAAGUUUGAGGAGUGGUGCAAUGAAAUGGCCGAGAUGCGCAAACAGAGUGUGGCCAGGGGCAAAAUCAAACACGAAGAGGUGAAGGAGCUCUACAAAAGGUUACCUGCUGAAGCUGGUUCUCCAUACGACUUCAUCUCUCUGGAAUGGCUGCAGAAAUGGCUGGAUGAGUCUACUCCUCCCAAACCUAUAGAUAACACAGCCUGCCUGUGCUCACAUGGCAAACUCCAUCCAGAUAAAAUACCCAUCAUGAAGAGAAUAUCGGAGUACGUGGCUGACUUCUUCUACAGGAGAUACGGAGGAGGGCCCCGGCUGAAUGUGAAAGCACUUUGCAAGGAGUGUGUGGUAGAAAGGUGUCGAAUCCUGCGCCUGAAGAACCAGUUAAACGAAGACUACAAAACAGUGACCAACUUGCUGAAGAUAACAGUCAAGGGGAGCGACGGGUUUUGGGUUGGGAAAGCGUCCUUGAGGAGCUGGCGUCAGCUGGCUCUGGAGCAACUGAAUGAGCAAGAUGAAGACACAGAGCACAGCAAUGGAAAAAUGAAUGGGAAUGCACAAAACAAAGAUGAACCAAGUGAAGAGAAGAGAGAGGAGGAAGAGGAGUUAAAUUUUAAUGAAGACAUCGUUUGCCCACAUGGUGACCUGUGCAUAUCCGAGAACGAACGCAGGGUGGUUUCAAAGGAAGCCUGGGAGAAGCUCAAGCAAUAUUUUCCAAAGGCCCCUGAAUUCCCAAACAACAAAGAAUGCUGUUCCCAGUGCAAGAUUUUGGAGCGUGAAGGAGAGGAAAAUGAAGCUCUGCAUAAGAUGAUGGCCAGUGAGCAGAAGACUUCCCUCCAGAACCUGUUUCAUGAUAAAUGCAGACCUUGCCUGGGCAACUGGCCUCAGGAGACAGAUGAGCUGUAUAUUGUUUCGCAGUUCUUUGUAGAAGAAUGGAGGAAGUUUGUCAGGAGGCCCACUCGGUACAGCCCCGUGUCCUCGGUAGGAAACAGUGCUCUCCUCUGCCCCCACGGAGGUCUCAUGUUCACCUACACAUCCAUGACCAAAGAAGACUCCAAACUUAUAGCUCUCAUAUGGCCCAGCGAGUGGGAGAGGAUUCAAAAACUCUUCGUUGUGGAUCACGUCAUCAAAAUCAGCCGAAGGCCAAGUGCUGGGCAGGCCCCUGAGAGCGAGCUCUACACCUCUGAGCCCCAGCUCUGUCCAGAGUGCAGAGAAGGGCUGUUGUGCCAACAGCAACGAGACUUAAGGGAGUACACCCAGGCAACUAUCUACAUCCAUAAAGUGGUGGAUAAUAAGAAGGUAAUGAAGGACGCUGCUCCGGAGCUCAAUGUGAGCAGCUCAGAAGCUGAAGAGGAAAGGGAGGAAAACAAGCCAGAGGGGGAGCAAGACCCAGAUUUUAACCAGGCCAACGGUGGUGCAAAGCGCCAGAAGGUCUCCCACCAGAGCUACAUCACUUACCAAAAACAAGGCAUCCGGCGGAGCACCCGGCACAGGAAGGUCAGAGGGGAGAAAGCACUGCUGGUUUCUGCUAACCAGACACUGAAAGAGCUGAAAAUCCAGAUCAUGCAUGCAUUUUCAGUUGCUCCCUUCGACCAGAACUUGUCCAUUGAUGGGAAGAUCCUGAGUGACGACACGGCGACGCUGGGCAGCCUGGGGGUGAUCCCUGAGUCUGUCAUCUUACUGAAGGCGGAUGAGCCCAUCGCGGAUUACGCGGCCAUGGAUGACGUUAUGCAAGUUUGUAUGCCUGAAGAAGGAUUUAAAGGGACUGGUUUACUUGGACACUGAUAGUUUUCUGGAGGCUGGCAGCAGAGGAGCACCCAGCAGGGAAGAGCAGUUUGACAUGGUAGGGCAUUAAAAAGAGAAAACAAACAAACAAACAAAAGAUGGAUCCAGGACUGAACUCUUUGACUCUUCCAGAAGGCAGAAACCCAUUUUAAAAUGACUUUUCCCCCCCUCAGAAAAACCAACUGAAAUGCCUUAUGUCAAAGCAGAUUGCACUGAAGGACACUCUGCCCUCCCCAGCCCGGGGGGGUCGGUGCAGGGGGGCUGGGGGCUGCCACAGAGCAGCAGUGAGAGCUGUGGUUCCUCCCACGAGCCCCCCCUGGCUCUGAGCUGCUCCCCCUCGGUACCACAUGGAAGCAGAGAACUUGGUGAGGAAUGGCUGACUCUCCCCCUCUUGCCCCCCUCAAAAAAACCCCCACCCAGUAUUUAACCAAAAGCAUAAGCUGUGCUCUGCCUCCCAACCCUCAGCUGCCCUCCCCUCCUCACCCCUCACCUUCACAGCCCCCAGGCCAUCAGCUUUCACUAACCACUUGGCCUUUCCUCUGGCCCUGGGCACCUGGGUUUAGAAACAUUUUGGGGGGGGGGGGGGGGAUUUGAUUUUCACAUCAUUUGAGACGCCCUUUUGCCCCUGGCAGAGUCCCCCUGCCCUGGGGGAGCCUGAGGCAGCUCAGGGGCUGCAGGGGUUGUGUGUUUCUGGGGAGGGAUGAAGAGGGGUGAGUUUUUCUUCUUCCCACUCCUCAUUUUUCCUCAGGAGCACACCAGUAACACUUUUUUACAUCUGUGUCUCCCCACACCGACCCCUGUUGCCUGGCAGGAGCAGGAACUCACCUCCCCCUUCCAUCCUCUCAAAGGGCAGGCAGGGAUCUCCAGCAGCAAAUCAGACUUCUCCUUUCCAACCCUUUCACUUCUUUCCCCAGCAGAAGCUGUGUGUGUGUGAGUGGGGAUGUCACCAGCACCACCAGCUCGUUUUUGCCAAGGAUUGCAGGAGUUUGGGGCUGGGAGGGGGGAGCACACAUCAACCCCUGCCCUCGGGGGAGUUGCUUUUAACUUGUUUCUCUUUUAGCUGCCGAAUUGCAGGUGCCCCCAGCCCAGGGCGGGCUUGGAGGGGAAGCAGCUGUGUGCAGCAGCUUUUGGGAGGGAGGCCAUGGAGCUUUUAACUCUGUGUGUAGGGAGGGGGUGGAUUUGGAUCUGUGUGUUCUCUCCCAAGGCAAGAGGAGAGCAGGAUGUGGCCCCUCAGCAGGAGGCUUUUCCCUUCCCUGCCUGAAGCACUCGCUCCUGUACAGAAUUCCCUCCCUGUUCUCUGGGGUUUUAUUUCCUCUUCCAUUUGCUGUUCAUUUGUUUUUAAUGUUACAAAAACAAAACUCUCUCUCCCUGUUGCAGACUUGGGGGGGCUCUGGGCUGAAGUUGGGGGGCAGGAGGCAGGGCUGAGCCCUGGGGCUGAGCAGCCCUGGGCUAGGGUGGAGGAGGGGGGUUGGAAAAGGGCACCAAAGGGCCCCAGUUGCUGGGUUUUUGUCUGUUCUUUGCAAAUAUCAUUGGAUUAAACUUGUUGGUUGA